AUGUAUGGAAGCUGUCUUUUGGAAAAAGAAGCGGGCAUGUACCCAGGUACUCUCAGGAGCCCUGGAGGAGGCAGCACAGCCGGGGUGGGCACUUCUGGGGGCAGUGGUAGUCCGCUGCCUACCUCCAACUUCUCUACGGCCCCAGCUUACUCACACUACAUGGGGUACCCUCAUAUGCCUAACAUGGAUCCUCACGGGCCUUCGCUGGGAGCCUGGAGCUCACCUUACAGUCCGCCCCGGGAUGACUGGAGUACAUACCCUGGGCCGUCCAGUACAAUGGGCACGGUGCCCAUGAGCGACAUGACCUCGAGCUCUCCGGCUUUCGGCUCGCCAGACUACAGCAAUCUGGGCCCCACUAGCGGCACAAGCAACGGCGGUAGCCUGCCAGCCCCCGCCAGUGAGUCACUGAUCUCCAUCGACUCGGGCACCUCUGGUGCCAGUUCUCCCAGCAGGAGCCGUCACAGCCCCUACGCGUGGAUGCGCAAGAGUGUACAGGUUACCGGGAAAACCAGAACAAAAGAAAAGUACCGUGUGGUUUACACCGAUCACCAAAGGCUGGAGCUAGAAAAGGAAUUUCACUGCAAUAGAUACAUCACCAUCCGGAGGAAGUCAGAACUGGCAGUUAACCUGGGCCUUUCUGAGAGACAGGUGAAAAUCUGGUUUCAGAAUCGCAGAGCCAAGGAGAGAAAGAUGAUCAAAAAGAAAAUCUCCCAGUUUGAGAACAGUGGAAGUUCCGUGCAAAGUGACUCUGGCUCCAUCAGCCCUGGGGAACUGCCUAACACUUUUUUCACCACUCCAUCUGCUGUCCGUGGAUUUCAGCCAAUUGAGAUACAGCAGGUCAUAGUCUCCGAAUGA